GACCUCCUCCGGGCCGCGGGAGCGCGCACGCACGCGCACCGAGUGCCCCCUCGCCCGUACCAGCCACCCUCUCAAGUUGUAGCAGUUGCUUCCCGGGCGUGCUCCGUGGGCGGCCGGUGGGCGCGGGAGGCUGAGCGAGGGCGACGCUCCAGGGAUCGGGGUGCGGGUGGCCGCCCCGGGCGAUGAGGGGCCAGCGCUGACAGGAGAACGAGCGCUCGGCGGCGGCUCGCGCGGACCCGUGAUGGAAGCGCCCCGGGAGGAGGCUCCCGGCCGGGCGGACGGCGCGGGCAGCAGCCGCUGAAGACCUGUCUGGACUCCGCGCGCUAAGGGGCCGCGAGGCGCGCCCGGCGUCCGCACCCGCGCGCUCGCCCCAGCCGUCCAAACUUCGGGCUCGCCUCCGCCCGCCCUCGUCGCCGGGCGUCAGCAACUUGUGCGGCCCGCGCGCCCCCGCCCUCCUCUCCGCCAGCCCCGGGAGGCGGCCGCGCGGCGCGGGGAUGCGGCCGUGAGGCGCUGUCGGGUGAGGAGCAGCUCGCGGAGCGCGAGGGCGGCGCGGCCGGGGCCCGGGGCGCAGGGGCGCAGGCUCGCCGUGCCCGUCCCCCGCCGAUUGCCCGGGCCAGCCGCCGCGGGAGGCGCCGAGCGCCCGGGUCGCCGAGAUGUCGUCGCCGUCACCGCCCGCACCAGUUGCCUGCGCCGCCAUCUCGGCCUCGGAGAAAGUGGACGGCUUCACCCGGAAAUCGGUGCGCAAGGCACAGAGGCAGAAGCGCUCUCAGGGCUCGUCGCAGUUCCGCAGCCAGGGCAGCCAGGCGGAGCUGCACCCCCUGCCCCAGCUCAAAGAUGCCACUUCAAAUGAACAGCAAGAGCUUUUCUGCCAGAAGCUGCAACAGUGCUGUGUACUGUUUGAUUUCAUGGACUCAGUUUCAGACUUGAAGAGCAAAGAAAUUAAAAGAGCAACACUGAAUGAACUGGUUGAGUAUGUUUCAACUAAUCGUGGUGUAAUUGUUGAAUCAGCGUAUUCUGAUAUAGUAAAAAUGAUCAGUGCUAACAUCUUCCGGACACUUCCUCCAAGUGAUAAUCCAGAUUUUGACCCGGAAGAGGAUGAGCCCACACUUGAGGCCUCUUGGCCUCAUAUACAGUUGGUGUAUGAAUUCUUCUUGAGAUUCUUGGAGAGUCCUGAUUUCCAGCCCAGCAUUGCAAAGCGAUACAUUGAUCAGAAGUUUGUACAACAGCUCCUGGAGCUUUUUGACAGUGAAGACCCCCGAGAGCGUGACUUCCUCAAGACUGUCCUGCAUCGGGUUUAUGGGAAGUUCCUUGGACUUCGAGCCUUCAUCAGAAAGCAAAUCAACAACAUUUUCCUCAGGUUUAUAUAUGAAACGGAACAUUUCAAUGGUGUGGCUGAACUCCUUGAAAUAUUGGGAAGUAUCAUCAAUGGCUUUGCAUUGCCACUGAAAGCAGAACAUAAGCAGUUCCUAAUGAAGGUUCUUAUCCCUAUGCACACUGCAAAAGGAUUGGCUUUGUUUCAUGCUCAGCUGGCGUACUGUGUCGUGCAGUUCCUGGAGAAAGACACAACGCUGACAGAGCCGGUGAUCAGAGGACUGCUGAAAUUUUGGCCAAAAACAUGCAGUCAGAAAGAGGUGAUGUUUUUAGGAGAAAUUGAAGAGAUCUUAGAUGUCAUUGAACCAACACAAUUCAAAAAAAUUGAAGAGCCACUUUUUAAGCAGAUAUCCAAGUGUGUCUCCAGUUCUCAUUUCCAGGUUGCAGAACGAGCACUGUACUUCUGGAAUAAUGAAUAUAUUCUUAGUUUGAUUGAAGAGAAUAUUGAUAAAAUCCUGCCAAUCAUGUUUGCCAGUUUGUAUAAAAUUUCCAAAGAACACUGGAAUCAGACUAUUGUAGCACUGGUGUACAAUGUGCUAAAAACCCUAAUGGAGAUGAACGGGAAGCUUUUUGACGACCUUACUAGUUCCUACAAAGCCGAAAGACAGAGAGAGAAGAAGAAAGAACUGGAACGGGAAGAAUUAUGGAAAAAACUAGAAGAGCUGCAGCUGAAGAAGGCUCUAGAGAAACAGAACAAUGCUUACAACAUGCACAGUAUUCUCAGCAGUCCCAGUGCCAAAUAAACAUCAGCCCCCCCGCCGGGCACCAGUUUUGUACACUUUUUUUGGAAUAUAUAAAAACUUCAGAGCAAACCUCAUCAGUAUAAUAUAAUUAGGAGGCCAGUUUUUCCUGGCAAGAGUAAGCGAAAGAAUUAUGGACUAAACAUUGCCCUGUGCUGUAUCAUGGCCACAGUAUAUCGUAAACUUUGUCUAAUCAUGGGUUGUGUCACUAUCAGCUGUUGAGUGAGGUGACUGGGAGUGAUGAGCGUGUCACUCCUUGAGCCCGGUUGUGCUGCACACACAGGUUGAGCUGCACACACAGGUUGAGCUGCACACACAGGUUGUGCUGCACACACAGGCUGAGCUGCACACACAGGUUGUGCUGCACGCACAGGCUGAGCUGCACACACAGGCUGAGCCUUCCUCUGCACACUUCCUUUAUCAUGUGCUUUCACACUGCACACAGCUGAGGCACAGCUAGGGCACAACCUUCGUAAAAUAAGCUGAGAUGUUGCCCUUCCCUUCCCUGUCCUAGAGAGGCGGGCAGGGGCGGGGAGUAAAGCCCAACCUCAUUAAAGAUACUGCCAUUCUCUGGGUUUUGCAACAUCUUACAUUUCUAGGCUUCUGAAGCACAAAGUAUUAAAGUUGGGGGAAAAGUAAACCAAAAUUCUGAUGUUCCCAAAUACCCCCCUUGAGCAGCAGCACCCCAGAGCGCGUGCGCGAAGCAGCACAGGUGGGUGGACCCGAGGCGCACCUUCAUUCCUCUCCUCCAAGGCCAGAGGCAGGGUCCCCAGGCCUGCCUGCAAGGUGGUGGCUCUGAGCCCCACAGUGUGACGCAGACUGCUGAAUAUCACCGCCUGGCUUUAUUUAAAGGAAAUGCAGUAGGCGUCCUCUGAAUUGACUGUAGAAGCCUUGUGUGUUUUCACCUGGUCAGGUAUUUUCCACACCUGUUGUUAUCAGUACCAUUCCAACCUCUUGCCUUGCAGUUGUAUGGAAAACUGUUUUAUAAUGAGAGAUCUUCACUGGGGACUGAGCAGCAUUUAAUAAAGUCUAUGUUUGUAUUUUGCCUUA